AUGGUUGGGGCAGCAUUUUUGAAAGGAAUCAAAUCUUCAGGAAAGGUUGUUUAUUUCACUGCAAUUAUCCCGUAUGUGGUUCUGACGAUACUCCUGAUCCGAGGGGUUACCCUGGAGGGAGCCUCUAAAGGAAUUGAAUUCUACAUCGGAAGCCAGUCAGACUUCUCCAAACUGGCUGAUGCUCAGGUCUGGAAAGAUGCUGCAACACAAAUUUUCUACUCGACAUCAGUGGGUUGGGGCAGUUUAAUCACAUUGUCAUCCUACAACAAAUUCCACAACAACUGUUACCAAGAUACCAUCAUUGUCUGUGUUGUUAAUUGUGCUACGAGUGUGUUUGCGGGAUUUAUCAUCUUCUCCACUCUUGGACACAUGGCUCAUGUGCAAAACAAGCCCGUUUCAGAGGUUGCACAGUCAGGGUUUGGUUUGGCCUUUAUUGCCUACCCAGAGGCCCUUGCACAGUUGCCAUGGGCAACUUUAUGGUCCAUUUUAUUUUUCUUCAUGCUGCUCACUUUGGGACUUGACACACUGUUUGCAAGUUUUGAAACAGUAAUAACAAGCCUGCUGGACCAGUUUCCUGAGUUCCUUAGGCCAAAGCGUCUUUAUCUGACAGCUGGUCUUUGUUUGUUAUUUUAUUUCCUUGGCCUUCUGUUUGUAACACAGGUAAAAGAACUCAUUAAUAAAAAACUAGAGCAACCCAUCACCAUCUUUGAGCCCAUUAUUUUCACGGCCAUCGAGAACCAUUUGGAUAGCUGCUAUAUUUUGAUGGGGUGUCAGCAGCUUGAGGAGAUUCCCCUAAAGGUGUUCACGACAUCAUUCCCGGCAAGUGGGCCUACGUUAAGAAAAUACACAAAGAACCGUUGGGUGCCAAGUGGGAAGGUCGGUAUCAAGUUCUUCUCCUAUCACCUUCAGCCAUGA